AUGUCGCUCCAAGUUGACGACCACCGGUCGCGUACCCGCUCUAGAUCACCCGGUCGCCGAGAACGCUCCAGAUCUCGCGAUAGCCGCGCUACGGACCUGAACUUGUCCGUUGAUACGUCUCGGCCACGCUCGCGUUCCCCCGCAGUCGAAAUUGCGAAACCAUCCGGUUCCAGUCGCAAUUAUGAUCUUGAUGAGGCGGAGAUUGACCGCCAGUAUAAGUUGAUGAAGGAGAGUCGGCUCCGUGAGGAGCGAGACUCGGAUCGGGACUCGAGAAGUGCACCUAGGAGUCCUGCGCGGUAUGAUGUGCGGCGCGAUGAUUCCGAUGAUAGCGCUAGACGUCGGGAGCGGCGUCGGCGUGAGGAGCGCGAGCGCGAUCGCUACGAGCAUUCGGGUGAUGAGCGCGAUAUGAGGACUGUGCCACCGCGCGAGUAUGUGAGACCGUCUGUUCCGUCUCCAUUACCGAGUAGUCGCAAUGGGCGCAGCCGGCGGGACGAGAGUUCUGACGAUGAUUCGGUUGAUGAUGAUCUUGCGUACGGUGAUACACCUGGUAGCCAUCCUAGUUAUGCGCGACCGGGGAAAUUCCAGUAUGCGCAGCAGACGAGUAUGUUUUCUGCGCCACCGCUACCACAGCGUCCGAGUACCAAUACGGACUGGGCUUCCGUCCCUGAAUGUGAGCGUCCUGGCUUUGUGCCGCCUACAUCGCAGGCUGGAGGGAUGCCGGGUGCUUUCCCUUCGGCUUCGACGUAUGGGAAUGUACCUGCGACUAUGGCACCGAGCUUCCCUACGCCGCAGUACACGAAUCCAGCCACGCAGCCGCAUAUUCCCCAUUCGACUGGAGCUUAUGCGCCGUCGCACUAUCGCACGGCUUCUGCGAGCGAUGUUGGUCACCCUCAGGGAUAUGCUCAUCCGACGCCUUACCAGUAUGCGCAGGUUGACCCAAACGUGAAGUAUACUUCUAAGGCGACGCCGAAGCCCUCAUAUACAGCUUCGCCCGAGGCACAAUUUGCCACGCUUGCGACGUCGACUGGGUACCCCCGAGGGCCUCAGCAUGAGCGGACCCAAUCGCAGCCUGUGCAGCCGAUCUAUCCAUACAAGUAUAGCCACGAACCUCAAUUCUCGGACAAGCCGCCACCACAGCCUUCGCCUCGAGCGGCUUCCCAAAAGCAAUUUAUGGAGAUCACGCCUGGUGGUGGACGAACUCGCCCGCACAGUUUAUCCGUGUCGUCGGCGAAUAAUCUCGCCGUUGCUGGACCAUCGAUGGUCGGAAGCCAUCCACCUGCCAGUCCGCUGCUCGAGCCGUAUCAUGGAACCUACCAGUCGAUGUCACCCAUGCCCUCUCCAAUCGUCAUUCCCUCCGUGCGCGACGACGACAUCUCCGACCUCGAACCACUAGACGGCGAAACCUCCAGCUCAGAAACCCGCCGACGAAGAAAACACACUCGCACGAAGUCAUCAGCUAGCGAAAAAGAGCCCGAUCGCGAACGCGAAGGUCGUCACCGAACAAGCAGCAGCAAAGAAACAAUCCGAAUCGAGCGUUCUUCCGACCGCAGAGAAGAAAAGCGUCGAAGCCGCCCAACAAUCAGCCACUCUCCCCGCGACUCAAUCUCCUCCCUAACAGCAGGCGGCGACUCACUCGUCGUAAUCUCGCCCACAACCGGCCGAAAGCGCGUAUCCUUCUACGAUGCCGGCGCAGACGCAGACGCAAUGCAAUCAGCCCUAAACCACACCCGCAGCAUCGAUAACAAAACUAUCAUCCAGACUCUUCCCCAGCUGACCAGCGACGAGAUACUGCUCCUCCGGCAGGAAUACAAAGCCCGUGUCAAGGUUCAUGGCAAGGGAAUUAACCUCGCUAAGCACCUCCGCCUUAAACUGGGUAACUCCUCCUUCGGCAAGGUAGCUUACGCGACAGCACUGGGCCGCUGGGAAUCGGAAGCAUACUGGGCAAACUGCUACUACCAAGCUGGGACCUCACGCCGCGAGCUUCUCAUCGAAUCACUGAUCGGUCGCUCGAACGCCGCGAUCCGCGAGAUCAAGGCCUGUUUCAAGGACUCGCGGUACGAUAAUAGUUUGGAGCGGUGUAUGCGUUCCGAGCUGAAAGCCGACAAGUUCCGUGUGGCGGUUCUCCUUGCACUAGAAGAGAAGCGACAAGAUGAUCGCGAACCGCUAGAUUCGCGACUCGUCAGACAAGAUGUCUCAGACCUGCAUCGGGCCCUCGUCUCGCGUGAUGGCGGCGAGACAGCUAUGAUCCACAUCAUCGUGCUACGAAGCGACUCGCAUCUACGGGAAGUUCUGCGCGCCUACGAAGCCAUCUACGACCAUAAUUUCGCGCGAGCAAUGAUCUCCAAGUCUCGGAAUCUAGUGGGCGAGACCCUAGCCCAUAUCUUAAAUGGAGCCAUUAAUCGACCCAUGCGCGACGCUCUCCUCCUCCACCAAGCUCUCCGCGAAUCGAAAUCCGGCCGCGAGCGCUCCGAACUUCUCAUCUCGCGUCUUGUCCGAUUACACUGGGAGCCGCGACACUUUGAGCAGGUUAAGAUUGACUAUCGGAGAAGGUAUGGAGAACGGAUUGAGGAGGCGAUUGCGGAGGAAAUCUUGACGUCUAGUAAUGGGGGUGAAUGGGGGGAGUUCUGCAUUGAGCUUGUCCAUAGUUCCUCUGCUUGA